CAGUUUCUUUAAACAGCUACCAAGUGUUGACGUCCCCCAGCAUUCACUCUUUUUCACGUGCAGUUAGUACUUCACUCCUCCACCACCAUGAGCUUCUACAUGCCUCAGGCCUCUCAUAGCUCCUUCACCCGCUCUGUGCCUGUACACCGUGCCACUAGUACAUAUGGUGGUGCAGGUGGACAGGGCACCAGGAUCUCGUCUGUCUCUUCCAUGUCUCUCCGUUCAACCCCUAGAAGUGGAGGCAUUACCUCAUCCUCAGCCUAUAGGGUGAGCUCAGCUGGUAUGGGCGCUGGUGCUGCCGGGGGGUCCUUCAGGGCAAGUAUGGGCUCCACAGGGCCCGUCCUGGGCAAUGAGAAAGGCCAGAUGCAGAAUCUGAAUGACCGUCUGUCUACUUAUCUGGAGACAGUGCGCAGGCUGGAACAGGAGAAUGGCAAACUGGAGAUGCAGAUCAGAGAGGUCCUGGAGAAAGGCGGACCAGAAACACGCGAUAACAGCAAGUACAACGCAAUUCUGGAUGAUCUGAGGAGGAAGGUGUUUGAUGCAACUGUGGACAAUGCUCGCCUUGUUCUUCAAAUCGACAACGCUCGUCUGGCUACAGAUGACUUCAGAGUCAAGUUUGAGAAUGAGAUGGCCAUUAGGCAGUCUGUGGAAGCAGAUAUUGCCGGUCUAAAGAGAGUAAUUGAUGACACCAAUGUUGGUCGCCUGAAUGUGGAGAGUGAAAUUGAGGCCUUGAAAGAAGAGCUUGUCUUCCUCAAGAAAAACCAUGCAAACGAAGUUGGAGAGCUGCAAAACCAGAUUUCCCAGUCAGGUGUUCAGGUUGAUGUUGACGCACCCAAGGGGCAGGAUUUGGCUCAAGUGAUGCAGGACAUGAGGGCUAACUAUGAAAAACUAGCACUCAAAAAUACAGAGGAACUCAAAAUGUGGCAUGAAUCCCAGAUGUCAGAAGUUCAGGUACAGGUAGCUCAGAACACAGAGGCAUUACAGGGUGCUCAUAUGGAGAUUAAUGACCUUCGUAGACAGAUUCAGACGCUAGAAAUAGAGCUUGCAUCCCAACAAAACCUGAAAUCAUCACUUGAAGAUACACUGCGAAAUACAGAGCUACAUUCAAAUGCAGAGAUGGAGAAGCACAAUUCCAUAAUAAUGCAGCUUGAAGCUGAACUGACACAGCUGAGGUCAAAGGUCACAGAGCAGGGUCAGGAAUAUGAGGCCCUGCUCAAUAUGAAGAUGAAACUGGAAGCAGAAAUCGGCUCUUACAAGAACCUCCUUGAUGGAGGAGACUUCAAGCUCAUGGAUGCACUAGAUGGCAGAGAGUGAUACUACGUGUGCCAAUUUUGACCAUAUAAUGGGAUAAACAGAAACAAUUCUUCAGAACACACUUAGCAUUAUUGUUGGAAUUCACAUGGAACUUGUGGCAAAUCUUAAUUAUGCUCUUUUUCCAAUUAAAAUCCCUUUCAAUUUUUUAUCAAAAGGACAAAACAAGUCAGUCACAUUGGUUUCUGGGCAUAUUUCAUCUCAUUUAUCAGUUUACAAUUUGGCAGAACAUAAACUAUAUGGGCAGCUUUUUUUUUAAAGCAUCACUGUUUUUUAUAGUACAUGGUAUAAUGUUAUGUCAUUGCACAAUUAUACAGUCUUACAAGAGAAGCUGAAUAUAAAAAUGUGAAGGCAAAUGUUAACUUCUCUAGCAAGUCCUUUGACGAAAAAAAUACAUUAAUAAAAACUUGCUUUCUAAAGUGAAGGUGAAAGCAAUUUCUUAACAGAAAUGCUUUAUUUGUGGUGUUUUCUUCUGUUUAUAAAAUGUUAGGAAAAUCAUUAUAAAAAAACAUUGGGACUUGGAAUGUAUUUAAUAAACUUAACCUAUUAGAAGUUUAAAUGUGUGUUGUAAAGCAGCAUUCAAACAUCUCAAAUCAUCAGUAAAGAACGUGGACUGUUUCCAAUUUAAAAGUUUGAUUGUUUGUCUACUAGAGGUAAAUGCGCUUGAUAAGCCUAAUAAAAUAGUCAUAUAAUAUAUGGAAUAUCUCAAUCACAAACUUUUAUUUGUCUUGUAUUUAUUUUGCCAAAUUGGUAAGCCUACUGACCACUUUCAUUCCAGGAUAAAAGCACAGGAGGCCUAUUACAAUACUUUCUGAAGUAUUAAACAAGUCAGGUGUUUGACCAUGUAAAAGAAAGUCAAGACAGGACACAAAAUGAAGAAACUGAUAGGCAAAAUGAGAAAACACACUACCAAUGCACUUACUCCAUGGUAAAAACUCACAAUGAUAAACGGAAACGUUACAGGUCCAGCUGUUUUUACUGGUCAAUGCUGUUAGCUUCCACUAACAAGACACUAAAGCUUGUUUUAGCAUUUAAUGUUAACCAUUUCAGGGAUGUCAGGGACCAUCUGUUUCCAUGCCAAUAUAACCUCUUAAUACAAAUCCACAUGUAUGCUAAUCUAAAAAGCGUCAGAGUUUAUCAACAAGAAAUUAGACAGUGUUAGCAUAUGCUGUUGUGCUAGAUAUUUGACCAUUUUUCCUAUGUUGAAGCAUUAGAAAAAUAAUAGAAAUUCAUUCUCAUCCUAUGUGCAAUGAGCUAAUGCCACGAUAGCUAAUCUAUUUUGGAACACAAAAUCAAUCCACCUAAGCUUUUUAACUAAUCUGUUUAGCUGGAUUGAUUUUGUGUGUUCCAAAAUAGAUUCUGACACACAAAGUACUAUUUUAACUCUAAUGAAUAAAAAAUAUAAGGUUGCUUUGAUAACAUUCCCAAAUUGUUCUGAAAAUACAGAAAAUAUAUAUCCACAAAUAUAUGGUUGUAUACAUUUAUUUGCAUUUAAUUUUAUUGUAUUUUUUGCUACACAGGUGUACGUUAGAAAUGAAUGCACCAAUAUAGAAAUUAAUAUGAAUUACUUAAAUUGUCAGAUAAGAACCAAUAAAAGUGAUGUUUAUAACAGAUCACCAUUCACAGUGUAAGUCUGCAUGCUAAUUUUGCAGAUGCUAUUUUAGUAUAAUAAUCAAUAAAUAGAAGAAUUGA